CGAAAAAGUCCUAGUGUGAGCAUGCCCUGAAUCUAUCUGCAUCUGGUCACUGUAUGGCCUUACACGAUCACAGUCGUCUAAAAACUCUUAAGUGAGACAACCGUACCGAAGCUACUCAGCAAAGCAUGAUGACUCUGGGGCCGAAGACGCAGGCACUGAAAGGAGUCGUGAAGAGGCUGUCAGUUCUGCAGCAAGAAGCGGAGAAGAUGGAGGAGACGCUCAGAGCUUAUCGCUCCAGUUUGAUGACCAGUAAUGACGAUCAUUGCAAACAGAUGAAGAUGAUGAUGAUAAGUACCAACAAUGAGCCAACAACAAGACUUGGUAUCAAUGAGACAACAAGUGGUUCCUGGACAUCGGCGAUUCCCUUUUGCCCAUCGACGGCAGGGAUCAAUUCGGUUAUGGGGUGCAAGGCACCUGCACCUCCGAGAGAGGAUCCGUGCUCUCCCAUAGUGAAAACGUUAAAAAAAAAGUUUAGAAUGCGCCAAGGCAUGCAAGAAGGAGAUGGAGACGCUGCAACUGAAGUUGCAACGCUAUGCAGAGGUAACCAUCCUUUGGGAGAAUAUAUCGGUGGGGGUGGUGGCCCCUGUGGUCGCAAUGGGAGCGGCGGCUGUGGUCGCUACGGCUGCUGCUGCUCGUCUCGAACUGAUUCCUACAACUACGGACAGCUGCUGACGUCAACAGGCGGUGGCGGCGGCAGUCCUUGCUGCUGCUGCUGCUGCCACUGUGGCUGUGCCUUGAAAGUGACGAGAACAAACAGCCACUGCUGCGGCCGUCGAGGACUGGUCGCCGGCAAUUUGAAUUUGAAUCGAAAGUGCCCUUGGUUGUGGGAGCAGUCCCCCUGCUGCUGGCAGUUGUCAAAAGAAGAGAGACGAGGACAUGGCCAUGGGCAUGGCGGCAAAGAGGAAGAUGAAGAUGGCGAUGAAGAUGACGAUGAAGACGAUGACAGUCGUCAGCAUCAUGAUGAGCGGUGGCAGUGGCGGCUACGACGCGGCGAUCGCUCAUCGCCGCAUGGGGGCUUACCACUUUCUCGAAGUUUGAGCUUUGAUACCAUGGUGGCGGCGGCGGCGGGAGGUAAGAAGACCAGGAAGAGGGGGACAGAAUUGGGAGAGAAGAAGAAGAAGAGGCUCGAUCACAUGACACCAGGCCGAGGACGAACAAAGGGCACACUAAGACCACCGCCUCUAGUGUACGUCAGAACAACAAGUCAUCUCGGAGAGGAAUUCCAAGAAGACCAUUAUGACCGAUGUCGUCUGAAAAACCAAUGCAUACGCAUGAAGACAAAACAACGCUCCCAGCGGAAUCGCAGCAGCAGUAGAGGUUUGCGGUUUGAUAGAGGGAGCAGAAGCCGGAAACAUAGCAGCAGAAAGCGGUGGCAAUUGUGGCGGCAGUGGCGGCGGAGGCUUGGCGCCGCUGAAACUCGCACCACAGCCACAGCCACCGACUCCGCUAGAAUGCUGAUUCCACCCGAGCUUGACAGCUGUGACAGUGAUCUCUUACUUGAGUGCAGAAAACCCACCACUGGGAGCGCGGGAGGGGUGUUACCUGCCAUUGGUCGGGAAAAAAUGAGUCGCAAGGCACUAUCACAAGCCCUCCUGGGGGAUUGCGCUCCUAGGCAUGUCAACACAGACUCGAGGUCCGCACAAAAUCAGCAGCACGACCACCAUCAUCAUCAUCAUCGUCCUGGAGGACACACUGUCAAAACUCGAAGCGAUUACAAACAUGGCGCGUACUAUCAAUGGAACACCGACUUGUCUGAUGCCACCGACGGAAACAUGAAAGGCAGCAGUGAAAGGACAGAUAACGAUGCUCCACGGCGAUCCAAAGCGUUAUUCAGACAACGACCAAGGGAGAAAUGGGAGGAGGAGGAGGAGUUGGAAACUGUAGUAAGGCGAACUGACUCACAUGUGGGCGAGUCGAGAUCACAAUCGGAUUACUCGAGUCGGGGAUUCCGAAGGCAAGGACGAGUUUGUGCUAGAGAUGAAGUGUCAAGAGCUGAGCGCACACGUGGGAAAAAUCUAACAGAAGAAGGAGGAGGAGGAGGAGGAAGAGGAGGAAGAGGAGGGAGUUGUGUCGAUUGUCAUCUACAGGAAGAAGAAAGGCAAAACGACGAUGGCGGGAAACCAGGAGGUACUGUUACCAGCCCGCCAUCGUCUAGUAUGGGCUUUGCGGCUAAACAACUCAUAGAUAAGAUCGAGACAAUAGCGCCAGCUCACCAUGGGCAAUCUGAAGAAAUGCAAAUGCCAAUCAUUGCGAUGAAACAUCAUCCUCAAAAAGAGUCCAGUUCUAAUGGUGACUCUGUGUCGAUCGGUAGAAGCAAAGAAGAGGGAGGAGGAUUGCCACCUGCUGUGAUGAAGGAAGGAGAUGAAGAGGAUGGUCGAGGAGGAGAAAGGUCAUCAAACACUGUGACUGCUUUCCACGUGGCGAGAGGCAGCAGCAGCGACAGGGAAAGGCAGCCAGUAAUCGAGGACACAUCUGCCAGUGGAAAACACUUACGUCGAUCCAGCCAAGAGGCGCCGCAACAAGACGGUCAAACACAUAUGGAUAAGAGGUUAAAGUCUGAGAAAAUUGACUCAAAGGCUGUUGUCAAUAGACAUCUGAUUGUCCAUGACGAUCCCAGCGCUCAGGGGGCUGAUCCUCAAGAAAAGAAAGACAGUCCUCCACGACGUCCUGCUGCUGCUCCUCCCCUUCCUCCCCCCCUUCCUCCUGCUGCUGCUACUGCCGCUGCUGCAGCUGCCCCCCAUCCUCCUCCUCCUCCUCCUCCUGCUGCUGCUGCUUCUGCUGCUUCUGCUGCUUCCCCUCCCUCUCCCCCUUCUGCUGCUAGUGCACCUCCUCCUGUUCCUCCUCCUCCUCCUCCUCCUACUACUACUACUACUACUACUGCUGCUGCUGCUGUGGCUGGCGACUUAGGAAAUAGGCGACCUGUAAUGAGAGAGCCCAAUGGAGAUCAUGGGCACCAGGAGCAGCACUGGCAUGAAGGAGACUCGCAAGGUGAAGGAUCCAUGUGGCUUGAACUCUCGACAGCAACAGGUCUCCAACAAGUUUCAACAGCUGCAGACUUAGCUGGUCCCAUAACACCUGAGAAAGAACACACUGUGAGCUUGAUCGUCAGAUCCCCUACUUCGGACGAUCAGCACAGCAUUCAACAAGCGGGAGAAGAUUACCACCCCGCUGCAUCGAGAGGGCGCUCCCAGCGGCUGACGAAGGGGGAAAAAGAAGGCCGAGAAGCCAAACCCCACCCAGACAUGGAUGCAGCAAAACACCUUACUGAAGAGGAGAAAGAGAAGGAGAAAGAGAAGGAGAAAGAGAAGGAGAAAGAGAAGGAGAAAGAGCAGCAGGAGAGACAUCAAGAGCUCACCCACUCUACUGCUGAAUGGGAAAAGGAGGAACCCCUCUGGUCCAGGUUUAUGCCGAGUACUUUCCAGGAGUCACUUCCCCGCACCCCUGACCAGCAGGCUAAACCUCCACAUCAAGGAGACCACCCGCAGGGAUCGCUUUCCAGGGAUCCAGUGUCCCAUCAAGGUCAGCACAUAGUAAAUCAACAGAAACAGUCGCAGGUUAAUAUCAACCAGCUGGAGACACCCUUAACAGCAAGUGUGGCGCCUCUUGCUCCUAUUGCUGCUGCUUCGAAAGAAGACAGCCCUGGAGCUCCUCUUGCUCUUAUUGCUGUUGCUUCGACACAGGACAGCUCUGACGAUAAUUAUAGCGAUGAAGAGGGAAGAUUCGAGAUUAUACAAGAUGAUGAGGAUGAGGAUAAGUACUUAGGGGUUGUAAAUGCCCACGUGAGAGCGGACCGACGAGAAUAUCAGGAUGAGGUUGGGAGAAGGACAGAGAGAGAGGCGUUUGAUUGGCCUAACAAAUCAUGGAUGCUUGAGGCGGAGCGUGAGACAACUGGAAUUGUGGACCCCUCUUCACGGAGCCAACAAACUGCACGGGCGGGUACUGCCCCCCCCGACAAUGAGACCGUCACAGAUUGGGAUGCCCAUUACAAAGACGAAGUAUAUGAAGAUGAUGUGCUGGGAGCUGCAGCCAUGGAUUAUGAAGAUGCCUAUAGCGCCGCAGAAAGUGAACGAUGGCAUUCUCCAUCGCCAUAGUUGUUGCGUUUUGUUUUGUUUGUUUUUCUUCCACUGCCGGAAAAAGAAGAUCGGGAUCCAUUGCCAUGAUUGUUUGUGCAUGUGACAUAUAGGUCCUCGCUUCACCGCUUGCUAGACACCAAACAUGAAGUUUGGUGAGUAGUUUGGUGAGUGGUGCUGUCACUCCAGCAUCUCACCACGGCCAUCCUGUCAGACGGCCUAUUUUCUUUGUGGUUAGUGGGCUGUUGUGAGUGCUCACCGAGGCCACCGUUUUCCCGGUCAGCAGCGGCGGACUUGUGGUGCCUUCUCUACCGAGAUCGCCAAAGGUGGUGAGUAUACCCCUGCCUGCAUACCGUCCCGACCAUCCCGCGCGACUGUAGAGGCACGGCCAUCACGAGUGUGAGUUUGGUGAGGUCCAUGUGGUGAGAGUGCGAGUUUGGUGAGGUGGUGGAGCGUCGUGAGAAUUCACCGUGUUGCGAGAGUUGACAAUAGUUUAGUGAGAAUUCACUUUGGUGAGCACUUUCAUCGGCAAAUUCUGUUUGGUGAGUGCAGGUACCCGCAACACUCAGCCAAUGUGAAAAGGGCAAGCUAUGGUGUGGGUAUCUUUCCACGUUCUCGCAUAACAUAACAUUCUU